AUGUCGACCCUGCUGCGCCCUCAGUUCUUCUGUACCCGCCCCAAUGGCACCCUCACCCCCGUUAUUGCAGUUGAUGAACUCCCCGCCCACCUCUCGAUUCGUGGCGCCCCCCGUGUGUUAUCCCCAAACGAGACUCAAGGUAUGACAAGUUUGGGAACUGUGGCCCAGCGCGGGCAGUUAUACACUGUUGAAGGCGCUGUUGCUAUUACGAGUCGUCCCUCUUCUACUGGCGGCACGAACCACCGCUCCAGAAACCAUGACAUGCAGUCCUCGCUCAUGAGGAUCCUGGCCGACGAAAACCUACCGUACAACCAGCGCAUGGCACUUAGCAUAGUGCUUCAACAAGGCUUUUCUCAGAACUGGCAGGCAAACAAUCCUCCUGCCCCUGGCUGGAUGGUUCCCAACAACGGUGGUAGUAGUCCUGGGGGUGCAAGCGGCCAACAGGUAAGAUGCCUUUACAAGCACGAGAUGCCGCAUGAUCGCUCUAUGCUGGAGAAGCUUGGUCUACGAGACAUUCCUCGCUGGUAUCGUGAGAAACACAACAUACCGAGUAUCUUGCCAAACGGACAUGGCCACCCUCGCCCUCACGCCGCGAACGGCCAUUCUUGGAAGGGCGAUUCCGCUCUGAAAUCAAUCCAAUAUUCUACACGGUUGGACAUGAACGCAACAGGCGAGCCCUCCAACCUUGAGAACGUUACCAAACAGAAACCCUCGACCUACCUCCCCACACAGCAGCGUCAGCAGGAGACUGUGCUCCCUGGAGCUUCCCAGAUGGCGUUUCGUCCUAUGAGUUCACCUACUGCUCAGCUUCCUCAAGCGCAGACACCGACAAGCCCUCCUGCACAGUUUAACGCUGUAAACAAGAAGAUCGACCUCCUUUCUCUCGACCAUGGAGAUUACAUGCCAAACAAUAACCUGCUCUACCGUCCGUCCGAGACCAGCUUUGAUGCACAUGGGCACUCUCAUCAUGACGACCUAGUUCGCAGUCUCCAGUCUCUCACCGAUACCCCCGGUCUCAUAGGUGCAGACUAUCUUACAAGUCCUUUUGAAUCGACUGUAGGCUGUGGCCGCAUCAAGAAUGCGCAGAGGUCACGCCGGUUGUACCAGGGAACUCAGGGCGCCAUACCUGAUAGUGUCCAGGGACCGAAUACCACUGACACCUUGCAUGGCUUCCAUAACCAGGCUACAGCAUCGUCUAGCGGCGCCUCCCCGACCUCUAAGACCACUAGCUCACAGCUCGCCAGCCCAAUGGCAGACUGUGCUCGCGGAAGUACUACAUCGGAGCCCGCCACUCGCGGUCCAUCUCCUACUUCUCUGUCUUCCGGGCCCAGCCCUGGUGUUUUCCGAGGUCGUGGAAAAGAUAAGGGGCACAGAAAGGCCUUCGGUGCAAUCGGCACUAAGAGGCACUACAGAAAACGAUCCGUGUCCGACGACGACGACAUGUUCUUCCACGGAAGGAAGUAA